ACCUGAUGCAGGAACUCCCGACAACAAGCACCGAGUCCACUCUCUACAACUCCUUCCGCGCUCCCUUCCGCUUUUCUUCGCCUUGGUUAGAAAGCAUCUCCUUUCCUCCACCAUCGCCUUGGUUACAAAGUAAGAUCAUCCCCUCUUCCCCCAACUUCUCCUUGGAGACAUCUUGAGGAAGAAGAAGAAGAAGCUGAUAUCUCACAGCCAUCACCAUGACGGAGAAGAAGCAGCCCGACCCGCACCCCGCGCCCCCGGACGGCGGGUACGGCUGGCUCGUGUGCUUCAUGGCCUUCAUCUCGCAAGGCGUGCUCUUCGGCAUCCAGAACUGCUUCGCCAUCACCUACUCCGCUCUUACAGACAGCUUCCCGGACGCGAACGCCUUCACUAUAGCCUGGAUCGGGUCCCUGAGCUGGGGAAUGUUCUACAUGGCCAGUCCCUUCGCCGGCAUCUUCGUAGACAAGAUGGGUUGCCGCAAAACGGCGUUCCUGGGCGGCGUGGUGUGCUGCGUGGGGAUGAUCGCGGGUUCCUUCGUGCCGCGGAUAGAGUACCUGUACCUGACGUACGGGCUGGUGGUGGGGACGGGCAUCGGGCUGGCGUACGUGCCGUCCCUCAUCAUCCUCGGGCACUACUUCAGAAGACACUUGGGCGUCACGAGCGGCAUCGUCACCAUGGGCAGCAGCGUGUUCACAGCGGUGUUACCCUUCGGUUUAAAACCCGCGCUCCUGCACCUGGGGCUGCCCAACACCUUCCGGAUCAUGGGCGGUCUCUUCUUCCUGGUGUCUCUGUGCGCGCUCAGCUACAGGCAGAUCCUCCACAGGGACGCGAACCACAACACCACGGAACCGUGCAAUAAGUCCCCCAACACCACGGAACAGUCCAGUAAGUCCAGCGCCCUGCUGAAGCAGGAGGAGGCUGCAGAUGAGCAGAACCCGCCACAGGUGAGCAGGCUGCGCGCCGUGAUCACCAAGGUCGUCAACGUCAGGAUCUGGCAGAACCGGACCUACGUCAUGUGGUGCGGGGGCGUCUUCGUGGCGCUGCUCACCUACUUCGUGCCCAUGGUCUUCCUGGUGAAGCACAGCCAGCAGGUGUUCCCGAAGGCAGACGCGCACAUCCUGGUCACGUGUCUGGGCGCGGCGUCAGGGGCAGGCCGGCUCGUCUUCGGCAAGAUCUCGGACCUGCCCAAAGUCGGCAGGAUCCGGCUGCAGCAGAUCGGGCUGUUUCUUAUGGGUGUGUCCUCCCUGCUGGUUCCCCUGUGCUCCGUCUUUCCCGCGCUCAUCGUCAUGGCGGUCUGCGUCGGGCUGUUCGACGGCGCGCUCAUGGCCACCCUCGGCCCGGCCUCCAUCGACCUGGUGGGCCCGAGGGACGCGUCCCAGGCCCUCGGCUUCACCCUCGGCCUCGCCUGUCUGCCUCUCAUGGCGGGAAUGCCCAUCGCAGGUCAGAUCUACGACAUGACGCUGUCCUAUAACGGCGCGUACUACUUCGGCGGCGUGCCUUUGAUCCUGAGCGCCGUCAUCAUGCACUUCGUGGUGAGGAGACAGAACGCCGAGGCCGCGGCGGAGAUGGCGAUCGAGGCAAUAGAAGAGGACGGGAAGUUCCUGACGCCGAAGCGCCACCUGCCGAAGCUGAACUCCGCGCUGUCCAACAGCCUGGUCUGGCUGCCACAGGACGAGCGCAUGGAGGUGGUGGACGUCGUCUCCGUGGUCUGACGUCAGCACAGUUCGUGGUGUUACGUCAUCACUGUCCGUGGUGUGACGUCGUCACUGUUCCCUCACAAAAUCGUUCCCCUGUCCACAUGAAAGAUCGUCUGUUUUGGUAAAAGCCAUUCUGGAUGAGAGUUUAACUUUUAUUUCCGACACACGAAAAAAAAAAGACUUGCCCAAAUUUUCGAUGCCCAACUCCAGUCUUAGUCAAGAAAUGAGGACUCACUGCUUCGGUUAUGCAGACUUUUUUUGUAAUAAAUAACGCAAUUUAUGAUCCACUGCUCACCUGUCACGUGUACAAUCUACAUAACGUGACGUCACAGAAGGAGUGGAUUGCCCAUUCCUUGGCAAAGACUGGAGUUGAAAUUUUGGAAAUUACAGUUGAAGUCUGAUCCAGGAACCAUAAUCGUUACAUAUCCUGUCAUUACUAGACAUAAAAAUCAUGUAUUAUAAUGAACGCAUUUUACAAGGAGCUGUAGAGGUUGUAAUGCACAUAUAGUUAAAUUAUCUUCAACCUGUAUUAUCAAAAUGUGAUUUUAACCAGUUUGUUAAACAUAUCCAACUAUUGCGUUCCAUGGUCUGUGACCUCGGAUGAUUUUUGUUGAAGCAAGGAGCUUUUGAUAUAAAAGCUCCUUGGUUGAAGGAAGUGAUAAAAAUUAUGAGAUUUCUAUAUUUGUGGAACCUUUCAGAGUUUUGUUCCAGAGGAUUUUUGCCAGUUGGAACAAAUUUGUUUGUUUUCGGGCCUUGAAUUGCCAAGACAAAUUUCACCGGAAUAAAUCCGGCUAGAAAAUCGGCACCUUAACGGACUGAAAUGUGUAUGCUAAGAUAUCCCAGGUCACCCCCGCCCUACAGACUGUACAGGCCCAGUGUGCUUCGGAUGUGUCUUGUUACACGGGGUUUGUACACGUGCAACUGUGACGUUUUUAACGUUUUAUGACAUCUAACAGUAAUGUACACAACAUAUACCUAAAGUUGUAACUACUUACACUACUGCAGAUGUUUGAAAAUCUUUUGACCAAACAAGUUAGAUGCAUAUGGGUUGCCACUUCUAACAGAGUAAGGGCUAUAUGAUAUACAGAUGUUGAUGUGUUAGUACAAAUAUAAAGUAAAGAUGA